CCCCAGUAGCCUCCCCUCUCCUCUCGAAACCUCCCCACUAGCCUUCCCUGUCCCCUCCUUCUCGCCUUUCCCCGUCCCUCUCUCCUCUCUUCCCUUCCCCUGUUGCCAUCUCCUCCCACCAUGCAUCUCUGUGCCAAUCAUUCAUUCUCACCUUGUCUGUUGCACCUCCCCUCUCCCGAUGCUUCCCCCUUCUCUCCCUUCCCCUGUUGCCAUCUCCUCCCACCAUGCAUCUCUGUGCCAAUCAUUCAUUCUCACCUUGUCUGUUGCACCUCCCCUCUCCCGAUGCUUCCCCCUUCUCUCCCUUCCCCGUCCCUCUCUCCUCUCUUCCCUUCCCCUGUUGCCAUCUCCUCCCACCAUGCAUCUCUGUGCCAAUCAUUCAUUCUCACCUUGUCUGUUGCACCUCCCCUCUCCCGAUGCUUCCCCCUUCUCUCCCUUCCCCGUCCCUCUCUCCUCUCUUCCCUUCCCCUGUUGCCAUCUCCUCCCACCAUGCAUCUCUGUGCCAAUCAUUCAUUCUCACCUUGUCUGUUGCACCUCCCCUCUCCCGAUGCUUCCCCCUUCUCUCCCUUCCCCUGUUGCCAUCUCCUCCCACCAUGCAUCUCUGUGCCAAUCAUUCAUUCUCACCUUGUCUGUUGCACCUCCCCUCUCCCGAUGCUUCCCCCUUCUCUCCCUUCCCCUGUUGCCAUCUCCUCCCACCAUGCAUCUCUGUGCCAAUCAUUCAUUCUCACCUUGUCUGUUGCACCUCCCCUCUCCCGAUGCUUCCCCCUUCUCUCCCUUCCCCGUCCCUCUCUCCUCUCUUCCCUUCCCCUGUUGCCAUCUCCUCCCACCAUGCAUCUCUGUGCCAAUCAUUCAUUCUCACCUUGUCUGUUGCACCUCCCCUCUCCCGAUGCUUCCCCCUUCUCUCCCUUCCCCUGUUGCCAUCUCCUCCCACCAUGCAUCUCUGUGCCAAUCAUUCAUUCUCACCUUGUCUGUUGCACCUCCCCUCUCCCGAUGCUUCCCCCUUCUCUCCCUUCCCCUGUUGCCAUCUCCUCCCACCAUGCAUCUCUGUGCCAAUCAUUCAUUCUCACCUUGUCUGUUGCACCUCCCCUCUCCCGAUGCUUCCCCCUUCUCUCCCUUCCCCGUCCCUCUCUCCUCUCUUCCCUUCCCCUGUUGCCAUCUCCUCCCACCAUGCAUCUCUGUGCCAAUCAUUCAUUCUCACCUUGUCUGUUGCACCUCCCCUCUCCCGAUGCUUCCCCCUUCUCUCCCUUCCCCCGUCCAUCUCUCCUCUCUUCCCUUCCCCUCUUGCCAUCUCCUCCCACCAUCUGCUAUGCUGGAAAGGCCUUGUCUCCAGCCCCCCUCUCUCUCCUCUCCUCUCCUGUUUCCCCUCAUUUAUCUGCUCCUUGUCUGUUCCAUGCAGCAGAGCCCUCCAGCGCCACGGCUAUGCUGA